AUGGCAAUUUUGAGUUCUCAGAAGAGAGAAGAGAUGAGAAGAAAUGAAAGUUUUCGCCGACGCCCUCGAAAGAGCAGCAAGCCCUGUAGAGCUAGGACCAAUUCAGUUGCAGAUCAGUUUCGUUUUUGGCCCUUUUUGGUUGAAAAAACCGAAACACCAACCCAGAAAUCUUGUGUAAAUAAGGGCAAGAAAAUGAUCGGAUUAGCACUGCCUAAUCUUGAUCAAGAACUGCCCACCAAGAAAUCUUGUGGAAAGCUACGUGCUGAAGCUAAAACUAGCCAAGAAAGCCGAAAAAUCGAGAUCAUUUUCAAGAAAAAAUUAGUGAAAGCCAAAGCUCAAGUUUUUCCACCUCCAUCGGCACAACUUCCAAUUGACUUCAAGAAUCACAUGAGCAGGAAACUGGGGGCGACAAGGGACCCUGUUUUGGUGAUUGAGAAGAGAUUGUUUCCAUCUGAUGUUUCAGCCAAGCUUCACAGAUUGUCCAUACCAGUCAAGCAAGUUGCCAAUCACGAGUUCUUGACAGAAGGAGAGAGGAAAAGAUUCAACAAUGGGAACAAACAAGAAAAAAUUGAUGCCAUUCUGGUUGAGCCAUCACUUUCUGAAUCCAAAAUCAGGUUCAAGAAAUGGUACAUCCAUGAUUCUGGAAUGUAUAUUUUGACUAGUGGUUGGAAUGAUGUUGUGGAGAGGAAUGGAUUGAAACAAGGAACAUUAGUGCAGCUAUGGUCAUUCCGGAAAGAAUCCCAAUUGUACUUUGCUCUGAUUAGGCUCUAG